AGCUGCAAAGCGGCGAAAAAGCGGCUUUAUUUCUGAAUAACCUACAAAACAAGCGUACCAACAAAAAUAUUUGAAAUUUGCAAGCAUUGUAAAGAUUCGCAAGUGUAUGAUUUAGUUAUUUCUGCAGUGAUCAAAUUUUUACGUUAUCAAUAAUGUCUAAUUUUAAUUUCGGAACAAUUGCACAAGAGUUGCAUGAUGUGCAGGAAGAGGGACUCUCGUUUGAGGAUAAACAACUAACUUGGGAUACAGCUGAGGAUGUCGCUGAUAUUGUUAAGGCUUUGGAAACAACAAAAGUUGUCCACUACCUAAAGUUGGGUGGUAACACCUUGGGCAUUGAUGCGGCGGCUGCUAUUGCAAAAGGCCUUGAGAAGCACCCGGAAUUUCAUAAAGCAUUGUGGUAUAAUAUGUUUUCAAGAAGACUCAAAACCGAGACACCAUUGUCACUAAAGCAUUUGGGUAAUGGUUUAAUGGUAGCCGGUGCCAAACUUACAGUAUUGGAUUUGAGUGAUAAUGCUCUGGGUCCAAAUGGUAUGGUUGGACUAGAGGAUCUUUUGCGUUCGCCAGUAGUUUACUCAUUGCAAACAUUGCGAUUGAAUAAUUGCGGUUUGGGUAUUGGUGGUGGCCAAAUGCUUUCAAAAGCUAUAUUGGAUUGCCAUAAGAGCAGUGUUGCCGCCGGAACACCACUUAAGUUGAAAGUUUUUAUUGCCGGUCGCAAUCGUUUGGAAAACGAUGGUGCUAAAGCUAUAGCAAAAAUAUUUUCUACACUAAAAACUUUGGAAGAAAUAGCAAUGCCACAAAAUUCCAUAUAUCAUGCGGGCAUUGCUGCAUUAGCAAGCGGCUUCAAAGAGAACCCUAACUUGCGCAUUCUGAAUUUGAACGACAACACAGUAACUGAGAAAGGCGCAGCUUCACUGGCAGAAGCAUUUGCAUACACGCCAAUGUUGCAAGAUAUUAAUUUUGGUGAUUGUCUGCUCAAAACUCAUGGCGCCUAUCAUUUUGCUGAGGCAUUAAGCGAAAACCAUAAUCAACUCGAGGUGGUGGAUUUGGGGUUCAAUGAAAUCGGCGCAGACGGCGGUGUUGUUUUGGCGGAAGCUUUACAAAAUAAGACAAAUUUAAAGAGGCUUAACUUAGAUGGCAACCAAUUUGGUUAUGAAGGACGUGAGCGUGUUAAGGAGAUUAUAGAGACAUUCGCGAAUCCAAAUGCAUUAGAGAGCCUUGAAGAAGAUCAAUCGGAGUGCGACGAUGAUGAAGAUGAGGACGGAGAUGACGACGAUGAAGAGGAUGAUGAUGAUGAAGAAGAUGAUACUACUGAGGAAGUCGAUGAAGAUGAGGAAUACCAAGAUGAAGAUGCCGACGAAGAGGGCGAUGAAGCGUACAUAACAUCUCCCGCUUUUACAACAAAUAUGUUUGGUGCAAAUGAUACAUUUAUGUCUGCUAAAAAUGUUCAAUUUGUUGAACAAGCGACACCAGCAAAGCCAGUUACCGUUGAAUCAUUUUGUCUGAGUCAGAAACCUUGCAGCAUACAAGCAUUCGAGUCACUGCAGGAGACAGAUAAAUUGAAGGCCUUCAAAAGCAUUAUUGAGCAAUUCACCGACGAUAAUCGCCUACUAUUGCUAAUUUUUACGACAUUGAAAUGUGCGCACCUCUCUGAAUCAUCGCCCGCGGCAUUGGAUUUAGCAAAAGCGCUUUAUAAAGAGACAGUCGACUAUGCUGUGGAAACGAAACAAGAGCGUCGCGUUUUGAAUUACAUGCUGAUGCAGCUGGGUUUGCUGCGUAGCGAAGAAAAGUUCACGAGUCCCUACGACUUGAAAAGUUGUCGUUACGCGCUACGCGAGACACUUAAAUCUAACCCACAGUUUGGCAGUGAGCAUAUGCGUAACGCUUUCAAUAUUUUCCUACAACAAUUGGAUGGUUGAAAGUAUAGAAUGUUAAGAAUUUCAUGUAUUUUUGUAAGGUUUUUAAAAAUAUAUUGUAUAAGUUAUGAUUCCCGGUUUAAA